AAACGUGCAACUUCCUGUUGUUGGAUUACCUCAAUUUUCAUCAUUAUCUGAUGUUUUCAUGAAUAUUUAUGGAAUUUUGAGCUCAUAUAUUGUGCGGACAAGGCCUCACCUAUAUAGGCUAUAUUCGAAGAAUUCAAAAUCACACCCAACAAGACGUUUGCAAGAGUUAUUGAUCAGUAUGAAAAAGUCGGAAGAAAAAAAGUCAGAAACUGCAGCUCUCAAAAACAUUAGCCUGAAACAUGUGAACUAUAAGAAGAAAAGAGGAGCGUUUCCUCCACCUAGUCACAUUGAAUUAUUAGUACUUGGAAAUGGGACACGGGGUAAUCCUCGAUCACUCCUGGUCAUUACGCCACACACUAGAUAUUUAUUUAACUGUGGAGAAUCAACCCAGCGGAUUUGUUAUGAAUACAAAAAUCUGAAAGUGUCCCGUAUUGAACAUGCGUUCAUCACAUACAAGAGCUGGGAAAACCUUGGGGGACUUCUGGGAAUGUGCCUCUCUCUUGCUGACAUGAAAGUUCCCAACUUUACAUUUCAUGGACCUCCAGAUGUGGAGAAGAUCAUUACAGAGUCUAGAGGUUUUGCACCAAUUGCUCACAUGGACAUAGUAAAGAAAGAGCUGCGCCAUGGCCCAUUCACAGACCCUGGUCUCCAUGUACAGUAUGUGCCAAUAUACUGUGAAGACAGUCAAAUAAAUACAUGUUCUGAACAGAAACAAAAAGAACAAACUAUUUCUACAAAAGCUGACCAUGAAAUUGAAAUAAAAGCUGAUUCUUUACAAGGAAAAGAACAAAGUUCAAGCAAUUCAGUGAAAUGUGAAGAUGAAGUUGUCACUGUUAGUAGAGGGAAAGAUCAUCAAAGUGAUGUGACAGAAGUUGUAGAUGUGACAACAGAUAGUGACGUUGGAGGCAAGGAUGACCAGUCAUUGAAAGAUAUGAGAGAUGUCACAGUGGCUUACAUAUGCACGCCCCAUCAGAAACAAAGAAGUGUUGAUGUUGACAAGUGUAUGCAACUUAACUUUCCCAUGGGACCUCAUAUCCGAGAUUUGAAGGAUGGGAAGACAGUAACCCUGCCAGAUGGCAGAGUGAUUCACCCAGAUGACAUACUUAGUCCUGACUCCCCAUCUGUCCCCUUCAUUGUGCUUGAGUGUCCCAAAGAAGACUUUUUAGAUGCUUUUCUUAAGAAUGAAGAUUUGAAGAAAUAUCAGAUAGGUGGGGAUGUUGCAGCUGCUGUUGUCGUACACAUGUCACCAUCACGUAUCGUUCAGCAUCCUAAGUAUCAACAAUUUAUGAAUAGCUUCCCUAAAUCUACCCAGCAUCUAUUACUGGAUGGUUCAGGUACAGAAGUUAGUGGUAUAGGGGUGUAUAAGCUUCAAUCUCUUCUUAAUAUGAUGGAUGAACGUAUCUUCCCCCUGCUGCCACACCAGUGUGAUAUUUCUACAGCCUCAUCAACAAAACUGAAUUCAACUGACAAUGUAACUGUUGGGGACUGUGGACACAGAUACCAUAUAAGACCCCAUACAGGCUUUGAUAGAGAUUGUUGUCCUGUAAUAGAGAACGAGGUUUACAAACAGGAAGUGAGAGAUCAACCAGGGUUUGAUGCACUGUUUAACAAGACAUUGAGCCUGCUAGGUGCACAUCCAAGAGAUACAACAAUAAAUAGAGAAUACCCAGAGAUAGUCUUUCUAGGAACUGGAUCUGCUGUGCCAAAUAAAGCAAGAAAUGUUAGCGCAAUACUGGUGCACAUGAGUAAGGAGCAAACUAUACUGUUAGACUCCGGUGAGGGGACAGCAGGACAGAUUUAUCGUCACUAUGCCAACAAAGCAAACAGUGUCCUGAGAAGAUUAAGUUGUCUCUAUGUGUCCCAUAUGCAUGCUGAUCAUCACUUGGGCCUUAUAACUCUAGUAAAAGCUAGGAAAGAAGCUUUUAAAGAGAAAAACAAGGAUGUAACGCCACUCCUCAUUGUUGGACCAUGGAACCUAAGGCGUUGGUUCAACUCUGUACACUAUAACAUUGAACACUUGAAAUGGGAUGUUAAAGUGUUGCCCCUGCAAGAAAUGGUUGAAGGAUCUGAUGCCUAUAACCAAGACACUAGAAUGCAGCUUCAACAACUUCUCAAUUUGGAAAAGUUUGAAACUACUGAGGUAGUGCAUUGCAGGAAUGCUUUUGGAUCAUCAUUCACACACAAGGAUGGCUGGAAACUUUGUUAUUCUGGUGAUACAAUGCCUUGUGAAAGUCUGGUAGAUAUAGGUAAGGAGUGUGAUAUCCUGAUACAUGAGGCCACAAUGGAAGAUGAUUUGGUAAAAGAAGCAAAGUUCAAGAGACACAGUACUACUAGCCAGGCUAUUGACAUCGGCAGGAAGAUGAAGGCCAAGUUCACUAUACUCACACAUUUCAGUCAGCGCUAUGCUAAAAUACCUCUCUUCAGUGAGAAAUUCUCAGAACAUGUUGGUAUAGCCUUCGACAACAUGAAGGUUACCCCAAAUGACCUGACAGUGCUGCCACAUUUUAAAUCAGCUUUGACAGGAAUAUUUGCGGAACAUGUGGAGGAAAUGGAAGAAAAGAAAGCUAAACGUCAAGUAAAGCGUGAAAGAGAUGCAGCCAUUUUUGAAAUACAAAGAGAAGCUAAGAUUUUAAAAACUCAAAAAGACAUUGCAGUAACAAAAAUAGCAACAGACAAUAAAUCAGUGGACAUUAAAGCUAAUGCAAAUAAGAAUGUCACAGAGCAUUUCAAAAAGUGAAUAGUUAAAACAAUAAAUGAAUUUAAAUGCAUGUAUAUUGUCAUAUUCAGUCAAUCGAACCCAAAAAUUCAAAGAUGGAUCUAUCUUCAUGUAAAGAUGAACCCUUUUUUUAUUAUCAGUCUAUGACUGACACACCCAACUAUAUCCCAUGUAUCCUUGUCACUGAUUGAUCAAAUGAUAUUUAUUGAUCAGAAGCUAACAGAAACAAAAUGGCUGAUUCAAAGUAUUGCAAAGAUGUCUCCAAUAAUGUUCAUUUUUGUCUUAUUCAAUGAUAUUAUAGCUUGUUAUUUCACAUCAAGA